AUGAGCGCCACAUCCCCGUCAGAAUCCGCAUACAGCGUGGAAGAUAGGUUAGUGCCGGUGGAGGGGGGUCAGAUCAAAGUACGCAUCGUUAUCCCGACUACGGACGACGAGGCCAAGACGUUCCCUGUCCACGUCUGGAUCCACGGUGGAGGUUUCGUUUUCGGCGAUCUCGAUAACGACGACUACCAGCUUCGCAAGAUUUCCGUCGACCAGCAGAUCGUCACUGUCAAUGUCGACUACAGGCUCGCCCCUGAGCACCCGUUCCCCGUGGGGUUGACCGACUCGUUGACGGCGUUGAAAUGGGUACUCGAAAACGCCGCCUCUAUCCGCGUCGACACUUCGAAGGGUCUCAUCGUCGGAGGCGACUCUGCGGGUGGGAACCUCGCGACGUCUAUAGGCCAUCUCGUCCGCGACGACCCCUUCUUCGAGGGCCGCCCGGUCACUGGAUUGCUUCUGCGAGAGCCAUCGGUCAUCCAUCCGGCUGCUUAUCCAGACGAGCUUAAGGCAGAUCUGUUGGCCUAUGAUGAGUACCAGAACACCCCCACGCUCACUAGGGCAGGCCUGCUGCAAACGAGAGCGUGGCUAAACGCUCCGCCGGCCGACCCCCGCUACUCGCCCGUCCUCGCCCCUUCGCACGCCGGGCUGGCACCCGCCUUCAUUCAGUAUAAUGAGCAAGAUCCUCUCCGCGAUGACGCCCGCGUCCUGGAGAAGCUCAUACGGGAGGCAGGCGGCAAGGUCAAGUCUGUAUUUUAUCCCGGUGUGCCGCACGCGUUCUACUACUUGGCGCCGAGCAUCUCGCUCGCACAGAAGGUAUGGCGCGACACGGAAGAGGGGCUCAGAUGGCUUCUUGCCGGCGCACCUUGA